CCCUCUCUCUUUUUAGCAGCCACAUACCAGCCGGCCAUAUUAGAGAGAUGGAAAUAAAGCUUCCUUAAUGUUGUUUGUGUCUUUGAAGUCUAGCGUGCUUAUUUUUUUUUUUAAUUUUAGUAUUAACCAACCCUCCCUCCUAUCCCUGAGUCCCUCUCAUCCCAGCUCCCUGCCCUUCCCCUGCACUCCUGAAAAUGCUCACAGAUGCCCGGCUCCCUCGCUCAGCCUUCAGCCUCACAGGGCUCAGCCUCCUUUUCUCACUAGUACCCCCAGGGCGAAGCAUGGAGGUCACGGUACCUGCUGUGCUCAAUGUUCUCAAUGGCUCGGAUACACGGCUGGCCUGUACUUUUAACUCCUGCUACACGGUGAACCACAAGCAAUUCUCACUCAACUGGACCUACCAGGAAUGCAAUAACUGCUCGGAGGAGAUGUUUCUCCAGUUCCGCAUGAAGAUCAUCAACCCCAAACUGGAGCGCUUCCGGGACCGUGUGGAGUUCUCAGGGAAUCCCAGCAAGAAUGACGUGUCAGUGAUGCUGAGGAAUGUGCAGCUAGAGGACGAAGGUGUCUACAGCUGCUACGUCAUGAACCCCCCAGACCGACAACGCGGCCAUGGCAGGAUCACACUCAAUGUCCUCCUGGAAGUGCCCCCGAAGCGGGACUCCACAGUGGCUGUGAUUGUGGGUGCAUCCGUGGGGGGCUUUCUGGCCGUGGUCAUCCUGGUGCUGAUGGUGGUGAAGUGUGUGCGCAGGAAAAAGGAGCAGAAGCUGAGCACGGACGACCUGAAGACGGAGGAGGAGGGCAAGACAGAUGGGGAGGGCAACUCGGAGGACGGUGCCAAGUAGUCCCUUGUCCUGUCCCCCACCCCCGCCCCUCACCCGUCCUCCCAGUGUGUUUCUCUCCACCCCUCGCCUGGUGUCCCUUGCCCUGUUCCCUGCGUGACCCAGCUCUCUCGAUGGGGAAAACCACCCUGGGGUCUGGGAUGAGAGGCCCCGAGGGGUGGCAUCAGGGUGCUCCAGACUAUACUUGGGAGGAAAUCUGGAGCAGUGCAAGGCAGGGCUUUGUUGCCAACCUGGCCAACAUGCAGGUGGAUGGAUGGUCUGGUAGCAGCUUCAGGGAUGAGACGGCCCCUGGCAGCCCUGGCACUUGGGGGCUGUAAAGGGAACCUCUCCCAGCAUGGAAAGGAGUUCAGUGCAGCAAGUAGGGGUCAAGGAUUGGUCCCAGGGACCCACUCACUCCCGCUGCCAUCAUACUUGCUCCCCUAGAAGCCUGGUGGCUUUGCGGUGACUGGUUGUCCUCUGGGUUUGGGGGAUCAUGGUACCGGGAGAGCAGUUAAAGGGACUGGGGAGGUGACCUUAAGUCUAGGAUCACUUUUCCCCAUGUACAAAAAGGGGUCUACUGAGAAACAGCUGUGCCAGCACCAGAGCAGAUGGGGAGACAGGACAGGGUAGGAUACGGGCAAC